AUGGACGAAUUGAUUAAGAUACAGGAAGAAGAAACGUCCCUUGUUGUAUCAUGUGCUAAAGCAAAGGCGGCGGCGGAGAAAGCAGAGGCAGAGGCAGCAGUAAAAAUAGCAGCAGCUGAUGAAAGACUUGCCCGAGUGGAGGAAGAAGCCAAGCGGAAGGAAAUAGAAAUGAAGAAGAAGCUACUUGAAGACAGACUGUCAUCGCUUAGCAGGGGAUCGUCAAGAGUCAGUAGCAGAUCAUCUAGGACUUCAAUUUCUUCUCUUCCACGACCGUUGCCCACAAAGGAAGCUGUUGAAAAGUGGAUGCAGACAAAGGAUCAAGCUAAAGCUGACAUUAAUAAAAAUAACGUUUUUAAGCCUUGUAGUAAUGUUCCAGUAAAUAUUAUGAAGAGUGUACAGCAGGAGGUAUCCUUGCCGCAUCACGAAGUACAGUCUAGUUUCCAGCCUCGAGAAGAAAACUGUGAAAAUCCUCGAGAAGCAAGGACUGUAGCUUUCAGCGAAGGAAGGAGAAUUCCUCGAGAUGUUUCGUGUUUCCCUCGAGAUUGUCAACCUGAUAAAAUGAUAUUUAGAGAGAAGAUGCCGGCGAGAAUAUUGUCAGCUCUACCUAAUUUCAGCGGAGAUCUAGACCAAUGGCCCGCUUGGAUAGCUGAAUACAGGCGAUCUACUGAAAUUAAUGACUACACUGAUUUGGAGAAUCUUCAAAGACUUCAGAAGUGUAUUACUGGAAAAGCUAAAGAAAUUAUAUCAGCACUGUUGAUAUAUCCUGAGAACGUACCAGAAAUUGUUAAUUUGUUGGAACGGCGUUUCGGAAGACCAGAUAUAAUUAUUAAAAAUCUCAUAGCAAGCGUGAAAGGUCGACCACCAACUAAGGACUACAAGCCUGACACUUUGGUGGCUUUUAGUGACAUGAAACUGGAGAAUAGUCUAAGGGAGGAUUACGAUACAGCUCAGAGCCUGGUUGGUACAGGCAAGUGCUGUACUGCGUUAAGUCAGCCAGUGAUAAAGUGGAUCUUUGGUCAAGUGUCUGAGUGUGACCAGAUGUCUACUGCCACCAAGAUUACAUACCACAACUGUAGCAGGGAGAAAUGUAUCACUUUGGACAGAAACCUCGCUGAACCUGGCGGAAUGUUAUCUGAAGAUGCACCUAAAAGAGGAGGAUCAGUGUUUAUGAAAAUUUUAGAGUACACAGAGAGUCAGAAGGCUUCGUCCCAGCUUGAGACAGAAUAUGCAAACAUCGACCAGAAGAUCUGGACAAUUCAUAAGGACGCUGACAAGCACUACUCCCUGAACCAAAGGCUAGAGAUCAGACAAGCAGACGUAGAAAUGGCGAAGACCAGGAUACAAUUGUUCAUGAGAGUCAGUGAGUGCAAGAAAAAAGAAAAGAAGUUUUCAAAAAAGGUUAAGCAGCUGGAAGCUAAAGUAAAAGAUGUAAAAAAACCAAGAGGAAAAGAAUUAAAAUCUGCAGAACAAGAAAAUAAACUAUUACAGAAAAAGGCAGAGGAAAGCAGAAAUAAGUGGAAGGAAAAAGAGCAGGAGUCUGUAACGUCAAGGUCAGAAAUUGAAGAAUUGGUAAAGAGCAUUGAAAACGAACAGCAAGAAAUCGAAAAAUGUGUGGCUACCAAUGAACAACUGAAUAAUAAAGAGCUUGAAGAACAAACCGGGCAAGCAAAUCAAGCUCAUACAGAUGUUAAGACGCUCCAUAAGCAAGUAAUGGAUCAGAAAAAUAUUUUGUCAAAAGUGAACAAUGAAAAUACAGUAACACAGAAAGACAAAGCAGCAUUAGAGAAGGAAAGUGAGAUGCUGCGGAAAAUGAUAGAGUUGCAGCACAAGAUCACUAAACUGAAGUCAGACUCUGGCAGUGCUAAGAAUACGCUGAAUGACUUCUUGAAAGCUUACAAAUGGGUUGAGACGGACAGACAGUUCUUUGGUCAGCCGGACGGAAAGUACGAUUUCAAGACUAGUAACCUUCACCAAGUUCAGAAGCAACUUUCUAUACUCAAGGAGACGAGGAACACAGAUUCAAGAGGCAUGUUGUCAAAAGGUUAA